AUGCCUUCAAGCCGAAGCCUAGGUGCCGCCUUGCUUUUGGGCGUGAUGCCUCUCAUCCAAGAUUCCUACUCUGCCCCGGUGGGCGGCCUCUGGGAGUCGUCCCGUGAUUUCGCACCCGGCAUGUCCUCUUCAGCCCACCACGGCAGGAGUGAUACUCCGACCACCCAAAGAAUGAAAAAAUCACACCUGGUGCAACCACGAUCUAGCACGGCUGAAACAAUUUCUCAGCACGUGGAUCGAAUCCUUGGUACCCCACCGCCUAGUGACAUGGCCCCGGUCGAUGUGCAUCCCGAGCCAAAAGAGAAGUCCGACGGACCGGCGACGGGUGCAGGCGACCACGAGAAAGCUCCGCCGCCUACUGCCGAUCACAAUCCGCAAGAAAAACACGCUCCCGACUCCGAUGCCUCGAAGGCAAGUCCCCCCAACCAGGCGCACGGACCGAACCCCCCCGCCCAAAAGGAGAAUGGGUCGGGCCACGGGCCAAACAAGGAGAUUCCGAACCCCGACGACGACCCUUCGGCUGCGGAUGUCAAAGCUCAAGUGGAUAAGACACCUCAGCCAGACAGCAAGGCUCAACCUCACGGGGAUGAUCACAGUGGCGGUGUGCCUCCAGCUCAGAAAGAGGGCGGGCCGGAAGCGCCAGCCGGCCGCCCGGAGGAGCAUCCGCCUCCGCCCCCUGCAGCUGCCGACCCCCACAAGCCAGACGGCCACCCGGAGGCUACUCCAGCGGGCCCACCCCAUCCAAUCAAAGAUGAUGAGCACCCCCCGCCGGGAGCCCAUGGCCCGGAAAAAGUCAAGACACAAACGACCGAGAUUGCAGUCAUCGCCGGGAUCCGGAUCGAACGCGUGGACUCCAUCUUCCCACCCACCACGCCCGCUCAUCCUCCCGCCCCAGCAGGCCCGAAACCCGAGCAUGAUCCAAAGGAACAUCCUCUCGAGAAAGACCACCCCCCGCCUCCACCGGCUGCGAGCGGGCACGAUGAGCCCAAAGACCACCCCGCGCCUCCACCCGCUCACGACGGACCCAAAGACCACCCCGCGCCUCCACCUGCCGCAAACGGUCAUGACGAACCCAAAGACCAUCCUGCCGAAAAAGACCACCCGACCCCUCCGGGAGCCGCGAAUGCUCAUGUCGAACCAAAGGACCACCCUCCCGCCCCGGAAGGUCAUGAGCAUCUGGCUGACAAGGACCACCCUGCACCCAAGCAGAUCGAACUCCCCGGAGGAAUCACGAUUAUGAAUGACUCCAAGCCCGGAAACCCCGCUGACGCUGGACCUCGUGCAAUCAGGAUCACCACCGACAAAAUCAAAAUCGAACUCUCACUUUAA